AUGGUCUUUGCCACCUGGUCCUUUAGCGCCAUUGUAGCCUACACCAUCUACAAAGCUGCUGGGAGAUAUCACCGCCAUCAGCGCCAUAUCGCCCUCGCUAAGAGCUCAGGGCUGCCUGUGGUUUCGGUUCCUUGGAAUAUCUACAAUCGUUUAUGGCUGGCCACAUUCAAGUUCUGGACGCUGCUGCUGCGAAAAAUUCUCCCAAGCUCCCUAACGGGCCUGUGGUUGGAAAUCCUACAGGCAGAAUGGACCCAUGUCACUGGACACAAAUAUUUCAAGGAGAUUGGCAAGGACAUAUUCGUUGCCGCUGCCCCCUCUGGACUCACCGUCUAUGUCGCUAAUGCAGAAGCCAUCACCCAAAUCACCGCCCGUCGUAAUGACUUUCCCAAGCCGCUUGAGAUUUACAAAUCCCUCAACAUAUAUGGGAAGAGUCUUGUGACUACCGAAGGAUCUGAAUGGCGCAGCCAUCGCAAACUUGUAGCACCGAGUUUCGGUGAGCGCAACAAUGAGCUUGUUUGGAACGAAACACUCCAUCACGCAAAAUCACUGCUUAGUCUCUGGGCUGGACCCGAGGGAAGAGGCAACAAGACCAUUAAUGAUCCUUCUGUAGCCGCAAUGAACUUUGCUUUGUACAUCAUUAGUAGCGCAGGCUUCGAUGUACGGGUUACCUGGCCGCAUGAAGAAGGUAAGGAGGAAACAGUCAGCAAGAAUACAGAACAGUCCAUCUCUUUCAGCUCCAAGGCGCCUCCCGGACAUACUAUGAGUUUUCGAGAAGCGCUCAGUGAGCUGCUUCAUAACAUCAUCUGGACCCAGAUAAUUCCUAUCCCAUGGCUUGAAAAAUCUCCGUUUACGGCGCAUCGUACAGUUGCCGAGGCGGCUGCCGAGUGGAGGGCUUAUAUGAACGAGUUGUAUGAGAUCAAAAAGGCUCAGUUUCUUUCCGGUGAAGGCAAGAGGGGGAUGGAUGUGUUCGAAUCGUUAAUUCGUGGUAGUGGUAUCACAGGUGAAAACCCCACAACUGCCGAUAAGAGCGAUAUCCUCGGUAACGCUUUUGUGAUCAUGCUGGCGGGCCACGAAACAACAGCAAACACGCUACACUUUUCGCUGAUUUUUCUCGCAAUGUAUUGGGCUUCCCAGAAACGACUGCAACAGGAUAUUGACCGGAUAUUCAAUGGCAGGCCGACGAGUGAAUGGACGUACGAAGAACAUUUCCCUAAGCUUUUCGCGAGCAUGCCAGCUGCAGUCAUGAACGAGACGCUCCGGCUACUGCAGCCAAUUGUCAACAUUCCAAAAUCAGUCACGCCAGACCAACCCCAGACCAUCCAAGUGGACGGCCAGUCAUACACUAUCCCUGCAGGUGCGAACGUCUUCCUUUGCUCGUCUGUCCAUCGCAAUCCGAAGUACUGGCCCGCACCCGAAAAUGACACAAUCGAUGAUGGUAUGGCGGACCCGGAUCGUUUCCGACCUGAGCGCUGGUUUACAAAGAACAACCUUUCGGAAUCUUAUGUCGAAGUUGAGUACGACGACGAAGCACUACGUGGACCAUCCGGUGAAGACACGUCAUCGGAGCUCUUCAAGCCUGUCAGAGGAUCCUAUAUCCCAUUCAGUGAUGGUGGCCGAUCCUGCAUAGGGCGACGCUUUGCGCAAGCUGAGGUUCUUGCAGUGCUAGCUGCUAUAUUCUCGCAGUACAGUGUCGAGCUUGCCGUUGAUGAUUUUGCUUCUGAUGAAGAGGUGGAAAAGAUGCCAAAGGGGGGCCAAGAGCGGCGAGAGCUGUACAAGAAAGCUGUAGACAGAGCCCAGCAUGCUCUUCGGUACAAAGUUGCAUCCAUUAUUACAUUACAGCUGCGGGGCACUUCUAUACCUAUCAGGUUGAUGAAGAGGGGAGAAGAAAGGUUCGCUUUUGAUUAG